AGAUCUGGUGAAGCUGUUGAUGAUGAUACUGGCCUCGAUUUCCGGGGACCGUCGGGGACCGUCACAUAACCGCUUUUAAACGUAAACAUGGGCCGGCCUCUCAAACUUAUAAAAUCACCUGAAGACAACGAAAAAUGCCGGACAUAUCUUCUCGACGAUCAGGACCAUACCCUAGGGAAUUCUCUUCGCUACAUGAUAAUGAAAAACCCUCAAGUAAAGUUCUGUGGCUACGCGAUACCACAUCCAUCAGAGCGAAAAGUUCAUCUUCGGAUUGAAACACGGGAUAUUACGGCGGAUGAGGCCCUAAAGAAAGGACUACAAGACCUUCACCAGAUGAGUGAACACAUCCUGAAAGUAUUUGAGAAAACCGUGGCGAAACACAAGGCCACAGUCUCGGAGGAAAAAAUGGAGACGUGAAGAUUACAACUCACUCGUAAAACCAUGUAAAAUAGGGGAGGUGGAUAUUUUCAGACUAAAGGGUUUCUUUCUAA